ACUCUUUUCCGAACCCUAGGAUUCUCGUUCGCUUCCUUCCUCUCCAAUUUCAUCAGCAAAAAUUUUCUACUCGAAAAGAUUCAUAAACCAGAGAAAAAUUCAGUGGAUCAUACACCGAAUUUAAACAUGACGGAUUACGAUGGGAGGUAUGAAGGUAAUGGAGAAGAUGCAGACAACUAUGUCGAUGGUUUUUCUCCCCAAGCUCGUGGUGCCAGCCACGGUGGCCACGAUACUCACAGUGAUUCCAAAUCUCAGCAUGGUUCUAGGGAUUAUGAAAGAGAGUCUUCAAAAAGUCGAGAAAAAGAAAGAGAUAAGGGGCGUGAUAGGGACAGGGACAGGGAUCGAGACCGAGGUCGAGAAAGGGAUAGAGAGAAAAGCAAGGAUGGGGAAAGAGAUCGGGAGAAGGAUAGAGAUAGGGAUAGGGAUCGUGACAAAGACCGUGAUAGGGAUCGUGACCGCCAUCACAGAGACCGUCACAGGGAUCGAGGUGAGAGGAGGGAAGGGGGCAGAAGUAGAGAUGAUGAUGAUUACUACAGGAGUAGAGACUAUGACAGGCGGAGAGAUUAUGAUAAAGAACGAGAAGACAGGCAUAGACGUAGGUCUCGUUCUCGCUCAAAGGGAAUACAUGAGCAUAGGUCAAGGUCCCCUUCUCCAUCGCGGUCAAGAUCACGCUCCAAAAGCAAACGAAUUAGUGGUUUUGACAUGGCUCCUCCGACAACUGCAAUAUUGUCUGGUGCAACUGCUGCUGCAGGCAAUGUUGGACUACUUGCCCCUCUGUGCUGACAAUGGGCGUGAGCUGACUUCUGUAGCUUUUAUGUGCAAGAAGGACCAAUACACCGCAGGUCAGAUUCCUGGGACAACUCCAGCUAUUCCUGGAAUGUUUCCUACCAUGUUUCCACUGGCAACUGGUCAGCCCUUCGGGGCGCUUCCUGUUAUGCCAGUUCAGGCAAUGACACAGCAGGCUACUAGACAUGCACGGCGUGUUUAUGUGGGAGGGCUACCACCGACAGCGAACGAACAGUCUGUUGCCACAUUUUUCAGCCAGGUUAUGGCAGCAAUAGGAGGAAAUACCGCUGGCCCUGGAGAUGCGGUUGUCAAUGUAUACAUUAAUCAUGAGAAAAAGUUUGCUUUUGUGGAGAUGAGAUCUGUCGAGGAAGCCAGUAAUGCAAUGGCCUUGGAUGGGAUCAUCUUUGAGGGAGCACCUGUAAAGGUGCGAAGACCUAGUGAUUACAAUCCUUCUCUUGCUGCAACGCUUGGUCCCAGCCAGCCAAACCCCAAUCUGAACCUAGCUGCCGUUGGUCUAACUCCAGGUUCUGCUGGUGGUCUUGAGGGUCCAGAUCGCAUUUUUGUGGGUGGACUUCCCUAUUACUUCACAGAAGCUCAGGUCAGGGAGUUGCUGGAGUCUUUUGGGCCACUACGAGGUUUUGAUCUCGUGAAAGAUAGAGAGACUGGAAAUUCAAAAGGAUAUGCAUUUUGUGUUUACCAAGAUCUUUCAGUCACAGACAUAGCCUGUGCAGCACUCAAUGGUAUUAAAAUGGGCGAUAAGACACUCACUGUUCGGCGUGCGAAUCAAGGAGCCAAUCAACCCAAACCAGAGCAAGAAAGUGUUCUUUUACAUGCACAGCAGCAAAUUGCGUUACAGAAGCUUAUGCUACAGCCUGGGACUGUAUCCACCAAGGUUCUUUGUCUUACACAAGUUGUUUCCCCUGAAGAGCUUAUUAAUGAUGAAGACUACGAAGAUAUCAUGGAAGACAUGCGAGGGGAAGGCGGAAAAUUUGGUACAUUAGUGAACGUUGUUAUCCCGCGUCCGAGACCCAAUGAAGCAGCACCCGGAGUUGGAAAGGUGUUUUUGGAGUAUGCAGACAUUGACAGCGCAACGAAAGCUCGAGCUGGUUUGAAUGGAAGGAAAUUUGGAGGGAACCAAGUGAUGGCUGUAUUCUAUCCUGAGAACAAGUUUGCCCAAGGGGAGUAUGAUGCCUAAACAUCACAUUUUACAGUCAUUGGACAAAUUGUGUCAUUAGAAAAAAAACAGAAGAGAAAAGAAAAGUAAAGUUAUUUACGUUUGUUUUAAAUGUGGUAAGUUUGUGUGCUAAUAUGGAACUCGAAUAGCCAAGUAAUGCAAGUGACCUAGAUCUAGAUUGUUAGAUUCUGUCAUUUUGAAAAGUAAUGGUGGACAGCUUCCUCAAA